AUGAUCACCAGUAGGGGCAUUGAGGCCAACCCGGAGAAAUGCAAAGCCAUCAUCCAGAUGCAGAGCCCCCAGACUGUGAAAGACGUCCAGCGCCUGGCAGGAAGGUUGGUUUCUCUUUCACAUUUUAUCCCCAGGUUGGCAGAGAAAGUAGGGCCCAUCUUCACCCUGCUGCGAAAGCUGAAGAACUUCGAGUGGACAAACCAGUGCGAAAAGGCUUUCAAGAACUUCAAAGUCUUCCUCACGACUCUGCCAGUCCUCCAGAGGCCAGAUUACCACGUCGACCUCCUCCUCUACCUGGUCAUGGCAGAAGGCGCAAUCAGCGCAGUCAUAAUGAUUGAGAAGCUCGCACUAGCACUUGUCACCGCAGCUCGGAGGCUCCGACCUUAUUUUCAAAGCCACCAGGUGGUCGUCAAAAUUGAUUACCCAAUCAAGCAAAUCCUGAGAAAGCUGGAGCUCUCCGAACGGAUGAUAGCAUGGUCGGUAGAACUGUCCGAGUUCGGCAUCAGAUAUGAAAGUCGCGGCCCCCUAAAAGCUCAGUGCCUGGCAGAAUUUAUGGCCGAACUGACGCCAACAUCUCGGCCGACGAACAACAAGGCUAAGGUUGGCUCACAACCUCGGAGUGCAGAGAGUGAGUUGCAACAGCGACUCAAAGCUCAUGGUAGAGUAGCUCAGCGGGGCAUAUCAGACCAAGGAUGCCUUAUUGCAGAGCUUCCUACACAAGCUAAGGAGAACCGAAUCUCUUCAAGACUUCUCCUCCAUGAAGAACACUUCGUGGAGCUUCAAGAGUCAUUGAAGGUGACCUCAAGAACACUCACGGUCCUAAGCAUGGAAUUAUUGAAGAUCAUCAAUCCUCUUCAACCUAGUUCCAUCAAAAACGCAAGAGCCAACCUCCUAUCCAAGCUCGCCAGCACGAAGAGCCCCGGGCAAAAUCGGACUAUCAUACAGGAAACACUAAACUCGCCCAGUCUAGACGACAAGGUCGCCAACACCAGUGACAAUGCAGACCAAGGAUGGAUGGCAGAUAUUUGGAACUACCUGAAGCAAGGAAUUCUACCCGAAAAUAAUGGUGAAGCUCGGAAGAUCAGGGUAAGGUCAGCUAAGUUCAUCAUAGUCGGAGACGAACUGUUCAAACGCGGCAUCUCCACCCCGUUGCUUAAAUGCUUAACAGAGCCUCAAGCCACUUAUGUCAUCGAGGAGAUCCAUCGAGGGAUAUGCGGUAUGCACUCUGGAGCACGCUCGAUGGCGACCAGGGUACUCCGAGAUGGGUAUUACUAG